CUUAUGUUAGUGUUAAAUUCUUCUUUGCACCAAGUAAAGUAUUUUUUUAAAUCCUAAAUCUAUGUUCUGCAUCCUAAGUUCAUAACAGGUUGUGGGUUUUGUAAUGGUUUUAGGGAAGGCUGAUAUGAUGAUAUUUGGGGGUGAUGUGAUAAUUGUCACUCGCCAUGCACAUAUUCCAUGCUACACUCGUAUUUUUAUUGGGUUGCGUAUGGGCAUGUCUAUACCACUUGUGCUUUUACUUUUCCAUCUUUUGAAAAUAUUGACAAAGUGCAACAAAUGGAAAAAUGAGUACAGGAAUUGUUUUUUGCCUUUAGUACAAUGUGAUUCAAAUUUGUGGAAGCUAUAGCUCUGGAUUCUUGUCAUUGGAACUUUUGUACAAUUCAAAUAUAUUCUGUUAGUUCUAUGUAAAAAUCAUUAAAAGGUUCACAUUUUUCUGUACUUCAUUUUUGAGUAGUUAACCCAGUCAUACAGACUUCUCAAGUGUCAUUUUUUGGUCAUUCUUCACUAGAAUAUAGUACUUCAGCGGUUCAUAGCAAUGUCGAGAUCAAUGGUAAUGGCUAAGCUGGUUAGACAGAUCAGUCAACUUGAAAGGGUUAAAGUGCAGCCCCUGACGUGUGGUUACUGCACAAUGGUGCGAGCUCAAAUCCUCAGUCAAAGCAAUGCAAGUGAAAUAACAUCUUUUGGAGAUCGAGUCAACAAUCCAGCAGUGUCUCCUUAUUCGGGUAAGGAUAGUGAAGGUUUGCGCAAGCAUCAAGUAGGUGAGAAUGUGUCGAGAAAGGAUAAAAUCAGCUUUCUCACUAGCACGCUUCUUGAACUCAAGGAUAGCAAAGAAGCUGUAUAUGGUGCGCUUGAUGCCUGGGUUGCAUGGGAGCGGAACUUUCCCAUUGGGCCACUAAAGAUCGUAUUGAAUAAUCUUGAGAAAGAGCAACAAUGGCAUAGAGUUGUUCAGGUGAUUAAAUGGAUGUUAAGCAAGGGCCAGGGCACCACAAUGGGGACGUAUGGGCAGUUAAUUCGAGCAUUAGAUAUGGACCACAGAGCACAAGAAGCACACGAGUUUUGGGUAAAGAAAAUUGGCAGCGAUUUACAUUCAGUACCUUGGCAGUUAUGUCAUCUUAUGAUAUCUGUGUACUAUCGAAAUAACAUGCUGCAGAAUCUUGUUCAGCUUUUCAAGGGACUGGAAGCUUUUGAUCGGAAACCCCCAGAAAAGUUAAUAGUGCAGAAAGUAGCUGAUGCAUAUGAUUUGUUAGGUUUACUUGAAGAUAAGGAGCGGGUUUUGGAGAAGUACAAGGAUCUUUUUAAUCAGACAUGGAAAGGAACCCCCAAGAAACGUGGUGGAUCCCCCAUGAAGAGAAAAGAAAAAUCAAGGCAGACAAAGCGUGCACCCAAUCCAGAUGGUCUUCAAAAUACGUUGGAUUUGUCACAAACAUGUGCACAUGAUCAUAAGCCAAUGUUGUUAUCCAUGUCUUAGUAGCCCUCCCGCUGAGAUAAUAUAGCGUGUGCAACUCGCAAUACUUAGUCCUCAGUUGAUUGUAUGCGUUCUCAAUUUGAGGGAUUUCUACCCAUGAUCCCAGGCAACCCUUGGAGACAAUAACUGCAGCCUAUUCCUUUAUAGCUUACCUCUACCCUUUCUUCCAAUUGUGAUGAUGGAGACAACCGUGCUUCUCCCCUUGCUGUUCUCCCAGCCCUUGACAUGUAUGCCCCGUCGGAUGUCACUCAUGUUCAUUCAUUGCUCUACUCACAACUGAUGAUUCUUGAUUGGUAACUUUGUCCUAGUCAUGUUAGGUAGAUGCAGGUGUUUUACAUGGCAACUCCCAAAUUUUGUUGCUGUUAUGAUAUCUGUGGUUGUGCCAUUUUUCUGGGGCUUGGAUGGAUGGGUAAUCCGAAAAUGGAAUUUAAGUUACUGUUGGAUGCUGUUGUGUUCCUAACGAGGAUCCAAAUUUUGUUGUGAAUUGAAGUGGUGUGCCAUACAUGAUGAGUGUGAUGACUUACUACAAAGUACUAUUUGACUACCUCUAUUGUUUUUUAUUAGAGUACAUCCAGUAAGUUCAAU